AUGACAACCGGAAGCUGCUCCUGCAACCACAUCCGCUACACCACCACGCACCCCCCAACCAAACUGGUCAAUUGCCACUGCACCACAUGUCGCAAACAAUCCGGCGCCCCCUACCAAACAUGGGCGCAUUUUAAUGUCUCUCAAGUAACCUGGCUCACUUCCCCGCCAACAACACGCUCCUCCAGCACCAUCGCAACACGCGGUUUCUGUCCGAAAUGCGGGUCGAGUCUUACUAUGGCCUAUAAGAGCAUGCCGGAGUUAAUCGGGAUUCCGGCGGGAACUAUUGAUCCGGGGAGUGAUGGGGAGGAUAUUCCGAGACCGGAUUGUCAUAUUUUUCUGAGUGAGAAGGCUGGGUGGUUUGAAGUGCCGGGGGAUGGGCUGGAGAGGUUUGAGGGGCAUUUCAUGGGAUAG